CAGCAACCACUCUCUGUCAGUACAGCUGCCAGUCCGGCUGCAGACGCUCAGAAUAAGCUCCAUUAUUAAUGAUGGCAGAGAAACUAAACCUGUCCGAAAGACCAUAUGUCAAGAUAGAAAGAGACAGAAACACUGAAGCCGGUUACAAGAUGAUGUCAGGAGCAAGAGCAUAACUGUGGGUCGGAUCUAUGUAAUGUAGCAAGGCUGAAGGAACCGUCCAACACAUAAGUGACAAGAAGUUGACACUUCAUAGAGAAAGUGUUCAUGGAAGGAGAACCAGAGGAGUCAGACGAGGAUGUUCAGGGAGAGGGCAAGCCCACAGUGCUGUGGGAGAAGUGCAUUCAGCAGAGCAUCUUUGUGGACCUAAGUGAGGACGAGAGUCUCCACUUAAGUGAUCUGGAAGGUUCUUUAGCCUUGCAUCUGUCCCAGGCAGAAUCUGCUGCCUCUGAGGCCAGUAUCCAUCUCAGUGGGAGUGCAGAGCUGUCAGCCUUAGAUAUUUCCUCCUCAGAGUCCAGCACUGUAAGCAGUCAGAGUGAAAGGCUUCCAGAGAGCAAGAGCAAAUUGUUCCAUGUGUCUGCCCAAAGACCAAACACCAUGCAAGAUGAGCCCCCUUUAAAACAGGGGUAUGAAGACACAGCUCAAAAUACUAGUGACGAGGAUCAAGAUGACCUACCUUAUGAUGGGGACAUUGGAAGCCAGUAUUUCAACCAGACAGCUAACUCUGAGGGAGAGAGGAGCUCAGAUGGAAGAGAAACUGUUCAUGCAAGUCCUGAUGUUCCAGCUUUGCUUGAAUGUAAUCAAAUUGAAAGAGAUUAUUUAAUUGAUCGUUUGGUUUCUGUUGUGUGUAAUGCUGAGGAAGUGGCAUCAUUGACUCAAGAGGAUGCCAACACCAAACAGGAAAACUUUCUGGGUGCUUCAAAGCAAAGGGAGUUUGCUCCAUCAUGCCCUGCAGACAUUAACCAGUUGUUGCUGCGACAUUUCUCCCAGGAGGAGCUGCUCCGGUCAGGUAGGCUGAUCGAGGCAGAAACCCUGCCAGAGGUGUCGCUGCUGGAGAGUGUGGAUGACACAGUUUUAAGCUUUCAUCCCACACACAACAGCACAGCAAUUUAUAGUAACCACUCAGAGACCCAGGCUUGUAAUUCUGAGAGUAAUCAGAGUUUCUGCUCCAGAGGGGAUGUUGAAAAGAGCGACAAUGCAUCACAACAUAUCAGUCUCAAGGAAGAAGCAGAAUGGAAAUCUCAUAAUGAAAGUAUUACAUCCAGCUCUGCAAGUAUAAACUCCAAACAGGAAAUUGAGGAUAUCAAUUCUGAAGAUGUAGUAAAUGCGGAUACAACAGAAAAUAAUGAUCAGGUUCUGAGAGUCCCAUUCAUGCGCGCCAGGUCCUUCACUGAGAUGAAAUAUGGCCAGGGAAAAGUCCAUUAUCCACUCCCUGACUUCUCCAAGGUUGCCUCUAAAGUUAAGAUCCCCAAAGCUCCAAGUGGACCAUCUAGACCAGUCCCCCAGAGCCCUGGUACCAUGCAGAGAGCCCAGUCGUCUCCAGAGAUGUUAGAUGUGAUCAGCAGAAUCCUGGAGGAUUCAGUCCAGACACCAGAGAGGCCCAAUGUGUUCAAAGAUGAGGGCGAACAGUUUGCUCCUGCACUGUUGCAUCACCUGCAGGCUGAAUAUGAUAAAUUACUGGCCAAAUACGCUGAGGCGGAGAACCUUAUUGAUCAAAUGAGAACUGGAGCUAAUGUCCAGCCUGCCUCAGACCCGAUGCUUUAUUUCGAGUGUGAGGAUUAUCACCCAGAAAAUGUACCUGUGGUUGAGGGAGGCCGUCUUGGAUCCUUGGCUCCUAACCCCCCACCAUCAGAGAACUUUGUUGAAAAAGGAGAAACAAACUUUCCGAGCAACAUUAAGGAGGUGAACACAGAUUCCUCCAGCCAGCCUGAAGAGGGUCCCAGUGAUGGUGAAAAGAUGACUGCAGAGCUGAGAGACAUCAUCAGCCAGUUCAUGCAGAAGGUGGAAGAAUUCAAACUAAGUGUGAGCAACAUGUCAGUGAGCACAGCAGAGCAGCAAAUAAUGCUGAGAAGCCUUAAAGAGGCUCAGGACCAGCUGGAGAGAAAAUACAUCUGUAAGAAGGAGGAGCACAGAGCUCUGGAGAUGCAAAACUACAUGGGCCUGACCAGGAAUACUGGCACCUAUGACCCAAACAGGCUGGUGGAGGGAGACAUAUUCAGGAUAGGGAUGCACCUCGAGGACAUAAAGGAGAUAAUUGACAAAAACGUGUAUGAGCAGAUUUCUCCACCUCACUCAUCCUCCACUCCCACUUCUAUGAGGGAGAUACAGCAUGUGGAGCCCCAUCUUUCCACCCCUUCACCUUCCCGAUCACUGCAUGAGCGACCAAGUUCAUCUUUUUCCACUGCUGGGUUUACUAACAUUGAUAAUGAUGACGAUAAAGAGAAGGAAGUGAAGGAGGCCAGUGAGGUCCAUGGAGAAGAUGAAUUGCAGCAACAUGGUGAACUCAUAACAACUGACUCUUUGAUGAGGAGCAGUGGUCACAGCAGCUGCCAUUCAAGGUUCUCUUCUCUGUCCUGUUUCAGGAGCUCUCUGGGCUCUAGAGAGGGACUGAUAAUCCACACAGCAGAGACCGAAGAGGAGAGGAGCUCUGUCUGUUCAGAUGAGAUCGACCACAGUAACAUCUUGGCAUACUUACAAGGAAUCAGCUCAUCUUUAGGACAGAGGCAGGGGACACCAGACAGUCGCAGCACCCUGGAUGGUUUGCCUGCAGUUGGUGAGUGUGAUCUAGGAGACUGUAUGAGUCUAGCUGUGGAGGUCUCUUUUGCUUCUAACGCACUCAGAGAUUCAGGUGCCCACAACCUCUCAGAGCCUCCUCUCAACACUUCAUCUUCAUCGCAGAGAAUUGUAAGCCCUGAGACAGACAGUGGAUUUGGCAGCUCAUACUUGAAUCACUCUGCUUCGGGAUCAUUACAACCAAAUCUGCUCACAGAGAGUGUUCAGUCCCAGAGUGAUGGUAUAAGUAGCACAGACAGUGAAGGCUCCUGCUCCAACUUGCAGACAGCCAUCCAUUCAUUACGAACACAGCCUAGUGGUGGAGCAGGGGCUGUGGAGAGGUGGGUAGAGAAGACCACCAAAGAGACUUCAGUGCGUCUGCAGGGACCUGAAUGCAGCCUGCUUGCUCAGCUCCAUCACCACGUAUCUGAACCUGUACUCAGCACCACCAUGGAUACAGAAGAGAGGGGCAGCCCACAGAACUCCUGCUCCUGUAAUAGUGAAGCUAUCCUGGCCUUGCAGUCAGAAGUAUCGAGGCUAAAGAAGGAUUUAGAGGACGGCUUGGUGCAGUUGCCACACCUAGCUCAGAAGAUGGACUUUCUCACCUCCAGAUACGGACCAGAUCGUCAGGAGCGCAGGUCUAAAACCAGACCCCGAACCCAACACAGGCUAGUCAGCAACAGUGCGCUGAAGCCAUCCAGCAGCAGACAGAGCAAUCUCAGUUCCAGUCAAGUGUGGAUAGAAGAUUGGAUCUCCUCAGAUAUGGAUGCCAGUAAGAGCAAAGGUACAGACAGAGAUGGCACAGAGACCAUGUUGCAGCUCCAAAGUUUACCCACAGGGAGCAGGAGAGGGUUUCAAAAUACACUGCAAUCCAACAGAGGGUCACAGAGAAACAUCUCAGUGAAAACCUAUGAUCGAACGAGCACUAAAGGGAAAGAGGAGGCUUCUGACAGCCAUGUCAUGCACAGACCACAAACACACCUGGGGAGUUUUCAUUCCAAAGAGAAGUGGUCUCUUUUCUCCUCUCCACCUCUACAGAAACCCCUUCUCCAGGUCAGCUAUGGCUCCUCCAGCAGCCUACCUGCAAGCUAUAAAGUGAGGGAGCUGCCACUGGAGUCUACAUCCUAUCACAGAAAACACUCCACCCAGUCAGACACAGCACUUCUGCCAAGUAAUGUAUAUUUCCAGCGAACGCUGAGCCCAGUAUCAGCACCAACAAAGACUGGCAGCAGAACAAGCAGACGGAGAGGGAGCAGAGAGGAAGAGAUAAACAGGUCUCUAGACCAAGCUAUCGAGGUGGCCCGUAACAUGAAGAGGACCACUGACAGAAUGGCAAAGAGACUAUCAGCUGACCUCGCUGAGGCUAAACUGCACAGAAAACUAUACAACAUGCAGCCACUAGGGGGCAGGAAACACCGGGCACUGUGAUAAGCAGGGUACAGAUCAAUUUACUCUGAAAUCACUAACCAGCAGUCUCUAUGACACCUGACGCCUGUGGAGAAUACUGUAUACUGUAGCUUUGUUCUAAGCUGUGUGUCAAUUUAUAGCUCUUUUACAGGUUUGUAUAUUUAUGUAUAUUUAUUUAUAAUGCUGGACAGUAUGAAAUCACACUGAAAGGCAACUUUUAAGCAGCUUAACCUUGAUAUAGUCAGCUUUUGGGGAUACCUUUUGAAGAAAAUGUUUGUUUUUUUACGUUUUACAGCCUUUUUUCAUAAAUGUUGACAUUUGACUGGUGUUUUUAGACCAUGCCAAAUGUUUCAAAGAAAAAAAGGAAUCCGCAUCUUCAUUUAAAUCACACCAGUGAGCAAUUUAAACAAACAUGUGUACACUUAAAUUUAAAAAAAUCAUAGAAACAUUUCAGGCAGGAGAUUUUUGUAUUUAAGGCCAAUAUAAAAUCAAUACAGU